AUGCCUGAUCCACCACAAUUGCCAGGAUUUUACUAUGACCCAGAGAAAAAACGAUACUUCCCAAUAACAAAGGCUCCGCAUGCCAACCCCAAUGCGCAAACAAGUACUUACUACAGUCAGCCCAAAGCGCAGUCUUCAAAAAGUAAAAAGAAUAAGCCUGUAACAACACAAGUAGGUCUAGACAAAGUUCAUGAACCCAAUUCGUCGGUGGUAUGUACGUUUAUGGAGAAAUACACAGUCAGCGCACGCCCCGUGUGGAUCCAAAAAGUGGACAUGCGAACAGCAUUGAUGGCUGAAAGCAUACGACUUGCAAAAGCAGGACGUUGGAACAAUUUGACAGUGCAAAAGUUUUGCUAUAGUCGGGCUCAGCAUAAUGUAAUUUAUGCGGGUUCCGGGUAUUUGGCGACCACUGGAGAAAACCAGAGUGUUUUUGAUGAGGACGAUUUUCGAUACGACAGUGAUACUAAUAUAGAACGUGUCAGGUUUCUUAAAGUUCGUCCUACAAACGAGAUUAUGUGA